AUGAGUACCGUGUUUGAGGGAUAUGAGCGCCAAUACUGCGAGCUUUCUGCUAAUCUAUCCAAAAUUUGCACUGCAGCUGGUGCUCUUAAUGGAGAGCAAAAGAAGCAAAAACUUUCAGAAAUAAAAGCUGGAAUUGAUGAAGCAGAAGCUUUGAUACGGAAAAUGGAUCUUGAGGCAAGAAGUUUGCAGCCAAACAUUAAGGGUGUGCUUCUUGCUAAGUUGCGGGAAUACAAAUCAGAUCUGAACAAUAUUAAAAGCGAACUUAAGAAGCAUGUAUCUGGUAACAUGAACCCCUCUGCACGGGAUAUUUUGUUGGAAUCAGGCAUGGCAGAUGCUUUGACGGUAUCAGCUGAUCAAAGAGACAGAUUAAUGUUUUCAACUGAGAGGUUGAACAAGUCUGGUGACAGAAUUAAAGACAGUAGAAGAACAAUGUUGGAAACAGAGGAGCUUGGAGUAUCGAUCCUUUCAGACUUGCAUUCUCAGCGACAAUCUUUACUGCAUGCACAUGACACACUUCACGGAGUGGACGAUAACAUAGGCAAGAGCAAGAAAAUUUUGUCGAACAUGUCUAAGAGGAUGAACAAGAACAAGUGUAUUAUUAGCACCAUUGUUGUGGUCUUGGUUCUUAUUAUCGGCGUGAUUCUGUACUUUAAACUUUCAAAAUAG